AUGAAGUUACGGAAAUCCAACGGCAAUCUAUUAUUCCUUCCUGAAGAACUCAUCGUACAAGUUCUGUCAUACCUUCCGGUUAGAUCUUUGACGCAACUGAGAUGCGUGACUAAAGCAUGGAACGCCAUCAUCUCCGAUCCAAAAUUUAUCAAACUGCACCUUCAACGUUCCAAAAAAAAUAAGAAUCUCACACAAAUCUUAGGCGUGUCUGGGGAAUCUGUUAUCCAACCCUAUCCCCUUAAUACUUUACUAAACAAUCCUUCCAUAAUAAAGUACACCAAACAAUACAUCUCAGCCAGCGUCGACAAUUGCUACGAAUUUAUUGGUUCCUGCAAUGGAUUGAUAUGUUUCAGUGUUAUUUCUUUAACAGAUCUUCAAUAUACCUGGUUUCAAUUAUGGAACCCAACCGCCCACACAUUUUCUGUCUAUUUUGGGCAUCACUCCAAUCCUCACCAAAAUACAUAUGACUAUCGCAGGUCUUCCCGCUUUUCAUUUGGUUAUGAUAAUUCAACCGAUACUUAUAAGAUUCUAUCUUUGAGUCCCAACAAAGUCGAAAUAUUUAGUGUAGGGGGUAAUGCUUGGAAAAUUAUUCAACUUCUUCAUGUGGUUCCUUUAGACCAUUGGCAACGUGCUCCAAGAAAACGUCGGCUUUUCAAUGAAGAUUUGUAUUUGAAUGACACUAUAAACUUCUUGGCUCGAGAUAUUGCCGAGCAUAUCGUGAUUAUCUCGAUGAAUCUCGAUACAGAGGCAUAUCGCGAGUUGCUUCCACCUCAAGAUUUUGUGGAAGUUCCACUUCAUUUGCCAACUAUUUAUGUUUUGGGGGACUGUCUUUGUUUUUGUCACCAUACUCAGAAAACUCAUUUUAUUAUAUGA